AUGCGUGACGAAUACGACUUCCUUGUCUGUGGUGGCAGCACCUCUGGCUGUGUGAUCGCAGGACGGCGCGCCGAAGCGGACGGCAGCCCGAAGACUCCCCUAGUCGAGGCAGGUCCGCAGAAGGAACACCUCGAAAACGUCCACAUGGUCGGUGGCUGGUCCGAGAACUUCGACAGCGAGACCGACUGUAACUUAGUCACCACACCUAUGGAAGGGGUCAACAACCGUCAAGUCAAGCUGAGCGGUGGAAGGUUUCUAGGGGGCUCGUCUGGGGUCAACGGCACCCUUUGCUUUCGCGGUGCUAAGCAAGACUACGAUGACUGGAAGUGUGUGUACCUCUGA